UCAGAGAAGGUUUUCAUUCGCGUUUCGCGUUUCGGUUCGUCGUCGUCGUGCAGAAAAAAAAGCAAAAUUUACCAAGUGUCCGCAGAAAAUUCGUGACAGUUCCGUCGGAAAUCGGUCCCACUCGGUGGGGGGCAUCCCGUGUGCAUUGAGGUUCGUCGAGGUCGCGCCCCGGAUUGGCCGUUUAAUUGGAUUACGCACGGGGGCAAGUUCGCAGCAGCAGCUCGUUUCGUGGCUGGCUGGCGAGGGUCGAUUCCCUCUCCCCCACCACACCGCACCUGGCCCCGCACCUUCCGUCUGCUGGUUGGCUGUCGCUGUCGGUCGGAGGCCACCACCAAGUGGAGCGCGGGAGGCGGAGGUGGAGUGUGUGUUUUGUCGUCCCCCAAAAGAAGAAGAGGAGGGUGCCUUAGCAGCAGCAGCUGUGUUUAGUGCGGACGGGGAACGCAACCUGUCGUCGGAAACUGUGCCACCAGCUUCCGCGGAGAGCCUUUCGAAAUGUUCAACAACUACGGCAACGUCAUGAUGACCGAUCCACCGUUCCGGAAGGUCGAACAGUACUCGCCCAAAUCGUCGCCGAGGGCGGGCGGUGCAGGGGGGCGGUCCCCGGUGGUGGCCCGCCAGGACUCGUCCGGAACGCUCAAGACCACCAUCCAGCUGGGGAAGAACCCGUCGAUCGUGCACAGUGGGCCGUUCUAUCUGAUGAAGGAACCACCAGGCGAAGGCGAACUGACCGGCGCGACCAACUUGAUGGCCCACUACGGCCUCGAGCACUCGUAUAGUAAAUUUAGCGGUAAGAAGGUGAAGGAACAGCUCUCGUCGUUCCUGCCGAACCUGCCCGGCGUCAUCGACGGACCGGGACAUCUCGAUAACAGCUCCCUCAGAAGCGUCAUCGAAAAGCCACCAAUCGUGGGCAAAGAACUUCUUCCCCUCACAAGCGUACAAUUGGCCGGAUUCCGUUUGCAUCCUGGGCCGCUCCCGGAACAGUACAAGCACCUCAAGACGGCCCCCACGCGGAAGCAUAAGAACAAACACAAGAAACACAAAUACAAGGAGGGCGUGGCGCCCGCGUCCGAGCAGUCCUCGCUGGAGGCGGCCGGCCUCGACACGCACGAGAAGAAGCACAAGAAGCAGAAGCGCCACGAGGACGACAAGGAGCGCAAGAAGCGGAAAAAGGAAAAGAAGCGCAAAAAACAGCGCCACAGUCCGGAACAUCCGGGCAGCGGGACCGGCCAGUCGUCGUCGUCGUCGAUGCAGGUUCCGCAAACGCAAGUCUUCUAAAGAGCCGUCGGCGCUGGUUGUUUGAUUUGAGCAGCAGCAGCAGCUGGAGCGCGGCAGAUUUAAUCAAAAACACACACACACACGAAAUUCAUUAGAAAUACACACACACAGCCCCCAAACAUCGUUAAUGAUAGUAGUAAGGAAAAUUUAUACAAUUUUAAAAAGCAAGCAAGCAUAUUUUUUGUUCUCUGGCAAACGGAAGCUUGGCUUCUCCUGGUUUCCGGAGCAAUCACAGAACUCUCUCCUCCCCCCUUUUUUUUAAGCAGCGAACCGAGAGAAAAACUGAACAUAAACCAACUUAACAGUAUGAUAAUGGCAAGAAAACAAGAACAUCUAAGCUUAAGAUCCUCCCACAUACUAAAACAAGCUCGUUUUUCUGUUGUUGAGGCAUAAAUUACCAAGUUUGUUUUUUCUUUCCGAAGUGAUCCUUGCUCGAAAGUGAUUUCCGACGAGUCCAGCACGAAAAAACAUUUAAAACAAACUUUUCAAAAGAGUGCCAAUGCAAGUGUUGCGGGAUGCCAAUCUGACGAAACCCCCUCUAACUUUUAUGAUUGAGUUUCCUAAAAAAAAAAACAAAAGUUAAAACGGAUUAAGUGCCCCUAGCCAUGUAAGCCAGAACAGUGAACUUAUGGUUAACCAACCCUUUGUUAAGUUCGUCUUUCUUUGAUAUCCAACUCAUGUGCAAGUGAAAGUUGUCGUCUUUCAAGUGUUUUUUGUCUGUCUGUACAGAAAACAGAA